AUGAAGAGCAAAUUCUCAACAACUGUUCAUUUAAUGUUCAUUAUUCUUCUAAUUAAAAUAAAUAUCAGAAGUGUCAAUAGCGUCUCAGGUUAUGAUUCGACAUGUACCUGCAAUUCAGUGAAUUCAGGCGUCUGUAUGCUAUAUACAUGCUCCACAACAACAAGAUCCCCUUCUUGCUUUUCGGGUUCUAGUGAAAUCACACUUGCUGAUGGUACUACCAAACCGCUAUCUCAUAUUCAGAUUGGUGAUAAAGUACUUGUCAAUCAACAUAAUAUUUAUGAACCGAUUUUAUCAUUUAUUCAUGCAAAACCAGAUGGUCUCUUUAGUUUCUUAGCAAUUCAAGUACAAUCAACCAAAUCAAAUUUAUCUUCAACAAUAUUUGUUUCUCCAAAUCAUUUAGUUUUUGACUUUGAUUUAGGUAAAGCAUUAUUUGCUGGAAAAUUUCAUGUUGGUGAUCGAGUUCAAUUUAUUGAAAAUAAUGAAAUUGUACCUGGUAAAAUUAUAAAUAUUAAACUAACAAAACAAGAAGGAUAUUAUGCACCAUUAACAUCAUCCGGUAGAAUUGUUGUUAAUGGCGUUGUUGCUUCAAAUUAUGCAACAGUUAGCAAUCAUGAAUUAGCUCAUCAAGUGAUGGGAAUAUAUCGAUGGUGGAUUGAUUUAUUUGGAGGAUCGUUAUUAAAUGAAGAGAUACCAUGGAUGUUACAAAUGAUGUUAUAUGUCGAACAAAUGAUACAAUGGUGCGGUGGUCAAACAAUAAUAAAAAAUUAUAUUUAUGAUGGUAAAUUCGAAAUAUCAUCAAUUGCAUAA